AUGAAGUUUUACCUCUUAUUGUGUAUUGCAACGGUUGCACAAGCAGCCAACGCUCAAACUUUCAGAGAAACAAGAGAAAAAGUUGCAGAACUAAUAGAAAAAUAUAAUGUUAAGUUUGGGGUCUCCUCAUCGGCAUUUCAAUAUGAAGGGGCAUGCAAUGAAUCGGGGAAAGGUGAAACUAUGUGGAGCCGUUUUACCCACGAACAUCCAGAAAAAAUUCACGAUCACUCGACAGCCGAUAUUAGUGUAGAUUCAUAUCAUAAUCUCGAACGAGAUAUAAAUAUGCUGAAAUUUUUGGGUGUACACUUUUAUCGCCUCUCAAUAUCAUGGUCCAGACUCUUACCCACACCAAUAUUGCAUGAUGGUGUUAGCCAAGAAGCGUUACAGUAUUAUCACAAUUUAAUUGAUCAAUUAAUCGCAAAUAAUAUCACACCAAUAGUAACAUUAUCACAUUUCGAUUUGCCAAUCAGUGUGAGCGAUUUAGGUGGAUGGACAAAUGCAGAAACCAUCGAUUAUUUUGUGCAUUUUGCAAGAAUUGUAUUUGAUAAUUUUGCUGAUAAGGUGAAUGUGUGGGUCACUAUCAAUCAGCUCGAUAUUGCCUGUGCUUUCCAAUAUGGAUUUGAUCCACUUCCGCCCUCUAAGGAAGAAUCAGGAGUUGCUGUUUAUUUAUGUUUGAGAAAUACAUUUAUGGCUCAUGCUAAAGUUUAUCAUUUAUAUAAACAGAAGUAUAAUGAAAAAAAUCAAGGUCUUAUUGGGUUGGUUACAAGACUAGAUUUGUUCGAGCCAAUGUCAAAUUCCACCGAAGACUUGGAGUUUAUACAAAUGUUCCGUAAAAUUAUUAGUGGAAUUUACUGGGAUCCAAUUUUUUCGCAACAUGGUGAUUAUCCAGAAAUUUUUAAAGAAAAAGUUUCCAAAAAAAGUAAAGAGCAAGGAUUUCAUAAAUCACGAUUAACUUUAUUUACAAAGGAUGAAGUUGAAUACAUUCGUAAUACUUCGGAUUUUUUUGGUUUGAAUUAUUAUACUCCAAAUAGAAUUUAUAGGAAUCAAAAAGACGCGAAUAUUACGGUAGGAGACAUAAAAUUCAAUAUUAAAAUACCAUCUUUUUUGGAUGACAUUAAUUAUUAUUUUGCUCCACCUGAUCCAAAUUGGGAACCAACAGAAAAUCCACGAAUAAUGGAUUAUCCAGAAGGUUUGAAGAAAGUUUUGCUGUAUAUAAAAAAUACGUACAAUAAUCCAAAAGUUCUUAUUAUGGAAAAUGGAUGCGCAACAGCUCGAGAUACUUUGGACAACUACAAUUGUGUGAAAUAUUUUAAGGGUCAUUUGGAUGCACUUUACGAUGCGGUUGUAAAUGAAGGCUGUAAUGUACAAUCGUAUGGCAUUUGGAGUUUAAUGGAUAGUUUUGAAUGGAUUGAAGGUUACGUCUAUCGAUAUGGGUUAUUUCGUACCAAUUUUACUGAUGCAAAACGUUCUACUCAACCAAAAGCAACAGCGUACUUCUUUAAAGAAAUUUUGGAUGGGUUUCCAAAGAUCCAUUUAUUAAUCCUGAAGAAGUCCAAAGCAGCUCCUCGAAAUUAG